CCUGUGGGCGUGGCCGGCGGGCCCUAGAGAGCAGAGGGAGGGAACGAGUGAGCUCGCGGGCGGAGCGGCGUUCAUGUGGGCUUCUUUGCUGUGAGGGCGGCACGGAGGGCGCCAAGUAGGCAGGCAGGCUGGAGCAAGCCGGCGCUCUUCGUUUCCGAGUCAGCCAGGCCACUGCCCAGGACUAGAGACCCGUUGCGGGCAGAAGGUCGCCCCUAGCAACGGCGGGAGGGGCCUGGCGCAGCCAGUCUGUGAGGCUUGGCAGGAAUGUUCCACCCACUCCAAUGGAGGCCUCCCUCCAGCAUUUAUUCCUAUUAUGCUAACAUAGCCCGCUUCAUCGGCUACCAAGAGAAACUGGGUGUUUGGCGCAAUGAGAAGUCCUUGAAGGGCAGGUACCAGUGGCUGCUCACCUGGCUACAGAAAGGCACAGAGAAAUGUUCAAGGCAGAAGAACCUCCUCUCUCUUCUGGCCAACCAGUGCAGCUACGUGACCGGCCAAAGGGUCCAGCGUGCCCAGCAGAUUGGACAGCUAUACAGUAACAUCUACUCUGAGAGGACGCGCAAGAGCCUCUUCAGUUCUUUGUGGCGCAAGUUCCAAGGGCGUCACGCCAAUGCCUGUAAGCUGAUGGCAGCUCUCACUGGUGUAUUCUUGUGGGAAGAGGAGAGGAUCAAAGAAGAGGAACUGAAAAGGUCUGCAGAAGAGAUGAAACACAUGGAAGAAGUCAACAAGCUGUUCCGGGGCAACAAAGGGAAGAGCCAGUCCCAGGAGCCCAAACCCCACAAGGAGACAGCUUCUGAUUCCGAGGAGCAGAGCUGGGAAAUGGUGAUGGACAAGAAGCACUUCAAGCUGUGGAGGCGCCCAAUUGCAGGGACUCAUCUGUACCAAUACCGAGUCUUUGGGACAUACACAGAUGUGACUCCUAGGCAGUUUUUCAAUGUGCAGCUGGAUACAGAAUAUCGGAAGAAGUGGGACUCACUGGUCAUCAAACUGGAGGUGAUUGAGAGAGACCAGGACACUGGAUCAGAGGUUGUUCACUGGGUAACUCAUUUUCCGUACCCAAUGUACUCACGGGACUAUGUGUACGUGCGACGGUACAAUGUGGACCAGGAGAACAAUCUGAUGGUGCUGGUGUCACGAGCGGUUGAGCACCCAAGUGUCCCAGAAGAUCCCGAAUUUGUCCGUGUCCGAACCUAUGAAUCCCAGAUGGUUAUCCGCCCUCACAAGUCAUUUGAUGAGAAUGGCUUUGACUACUUGCUAACAUACAGCGACAACCCGCAGACGGUGUUCCCUCGGUACUGUGUCAGCUGGAUGGUCUCCAGUGGCAUGCCAGACUUCCUGGAAAAGCUGCACAUGGCGGCUUUGAAAGCCAAGAACAUGGAAAUUGAAGUGAAGGACUAUAUCUCCUCUGCCAAGCCCAUCGCGUGUGGCAGCAAGGAGGGGAAGGCCAACAUGCCCAGCCAGGAGCACAAGGGCGAAGGGACCUGCAGCCCUAUUCAGAUAGACUAUGCUUAAAGGAGAGAGCUUCCUCACCCCCCUUCCCCAAGAGUUGGCAGCUGAAGCCUCUUCCUUCUGGGCUUGCAAGCUGGAAAGCCCAAGGAGGGAGCCUGUGGGGAUGCCUUUGGAACCUUAGUCCAGCUGGUCACCUCCUGUCUCCAUAACUUCUUCCACUCUCCACCUCCUGGUGCCAUUUAGGAAGAGGGCACUGAUGUUGGCCAUUGGGAGCCAGGCUUGGCAACUCUGAAAAGCAGUUUUGUGUGGCCAUUUCUGUUCUGGUGAUCUUCUUUUUCCCUAGUGGGGAUGCACUGGAGAAACCUCCUGUUUGUGGGGGGAAUUUCCCUCCCUCCUCUCCCCCCCAACUUGGUGUUCUCCAGUGCCUUUUGGGGGUGACCCUGCAAAACAUCCAGACCUCUGCUGCCUUGACCCUUCAGCAGGCAUUGUGGCACACGGGCACCUGCGAUGCCUGCACCAGCGUGGGAGUGAAGCCAGUUCAGCAGCCGCCACUUUCUAGGGGCAGCGUCUCUGUGCCCUUAGCAGGGCCUGGAUGCUUUCUUUGGGCCCUGCGUGUGUUUCGCCUGUUUCUCUCAUGCCGAAGUGCCUUUCCCCCUCUGGCGCUACUGAAUGCAGCCCCUUCGGCUGCUGGAAACGGCACUGGGCCUAGUAGAGGCCAGGGAUGCUCUUGUAGCGUCUCUGUUGCCUGCCAAAUGAAGGACGGCUGUGUUGCUAAGCUGCUUGGUGGCUUUUUCUCCCACUUCCUUUUUGGCUUGGUUAUGUUCAACUGCUACUGAGUUACUUGCUUACAGUUCUACUUGGGGUUAUUUUGACUCCUUUUGUCAAACGAAUGGUAUUAACGCAAGUUCUGCCUUGACUUUUUGGAAAGGGAAAAGGCAGCCUGGUGGGCCCUGGGAUGUCUCAUUGCUGGUUGUUCACGGCAGAGCCAGGAGGUGCCUCUGUCAGUUAAUUGAUCUUCGUCUCUGCCACUGGAUUUGGAGAGGCCUCUGUUGGCUGUGGACUUGUCUGUAAUUGGUCUCCUGGGUGAUGGGGAGGGAAUUGUGUUUCCUUUAUGGGACUCAUGAAGAGAGCUGGAAUGCUCGACUUGUGCGUGUAUGUUUCACAGAGGGGAGUGUCUAACAUGCUUUUUUCUUGGUGCGAACAGCUUUAAAACUUUCUUUAAAAGUAGAUAAAAAAUAUAAAGUUGAACAGCUUAUAACACAAACUGCUUGAGUUUCAGGGGAGGGGGUAGAGUUGAAGCCCAGUGCAUGCAUCCGUUGUAGCUGUUCUAAGAUAUUUUUUUUCAAAUCUGAUCAUUGGUGUGGUUUUCUUCCAUAACCCACAAUGUACAAGUGUGUGAGCUUCAGCCAAGUUCUUUGUUGAUGGUGCCCUCAGAUUGCUGGGGGGUAGAGAUAACAUUCCAACAUGCCUGCUACACAGGCCUUGUGCGUUCCAUGUGAAGUGAAGGAGUGUGUCCAUGUUCUCCUUCCAAAGAUGUGCCCACAUAAAUUGAGUUGUCUUGAAGCAGAUCACCGAUGAGCACCCAUGAUUCCUCCUUCUGUAGGGAGAGGGUUGUGCUCCCUGCACUGUCCUCAAAUAACGCAAGGCAGAAUGAAUCGUAAGUGAUACUCGAUGUUGUGUAUAAUUAACCUCAGAGAACCACUUCUGUGCCAGUGAAAAAUUGGGUGCAUCCCUCACCCUCUUGUUUGUGAGUUUAAGCAUCUGAUGCUUUUAUAAUAAGUUUCACUUGGAAAAGAAGAAGCGAGACUCCCAGGUUGGGUUGGGCAGACAUAGGGCUAAAACAAGGAAGCACCUCUCCUUAGCAGCCGUGGGUUGCAGGGGCCUCUAUCUGUGGGAUGGGGAAGGAUGGAAUUGUGCAUGAAGACCCCUUUGGUCUCAUCCUGGGGCCAGCGAGGCCUGUUACGCAUGGCUACUGAUGGACUUCCUUGUGCUUUUAAUUAAAGCUAGUGUUUUUACAGAACCAAACCUCUAAUAAAAGUAACCGAUUGGUA